AUGGAGAGAACCCUCACGGUGCUGCGGGUGGCCCUGUACCACCCCACACAGGUCCCAGCUGCUUUCUCCAGCGUCCCACCACGGUUGCAGCAUGAUACCAGCCCGCUGCUUGUCGGCCGGGGACAGAAGGCCCACCUUCAGCUGAAGCUCCCCCACCUCUCCCGCAGGCACCUAUCCCUGGAGCCCUACCGGGAGAGAGGCAGCGCUGUACUCUCCUUUUGCCUCAAGGUCCUGAGCCACAAAGGCAGCAUGUGGGUCAACGGGCUGAGGCUCCGGUAUCUGGAGCAGGUCCCUCUGAGCACUUUCAACAGGAUCACCUUCUCUGGUGUCCAGAUGCUGAUCCACGUGGAGGUGGGUGUUUCCCUCGAAGCCUUUGUGUGCUGCUUCCAUCUCAGCCCAGCACCCCUGAUUUACAGGCUUGAGGCCGAGGAGACUGAUGAAGAUGAAAUCAUACCCCAGCAGCAGCCUCCCCAGGACUCGGGGGAGCGGACGCCAGCUCACCUGGGAGUUCUCCAAGGCCCUUCUCAGACUCAAGACAGUUCUCCCCAGCCAAGCCCUGGAAGAGCAGAAAUACAGCUCCAGAGGGAGGCCCCAGAAGAUGCACACUGCUAG